CAAUGACGAUUUCCUUUAUAUACACACCACACCUUAAGCUCCCCCCAUUCACUGCCAUACAUUUCUCUUUCUCUCUCUAAAAACUACUCCGAUCAACAAUGUCGUGUAACGCGGCGGAGCUACUGCCACUCCUUGGCGGCACCGCCAAUGCUAGCGCCGCCGCAUCUUACUUAUGUGACCGUUUCACCACGGUGACGUACGCCGUGGACAACACGUACUUGUUGUUCUCGGCUUAUUUAGUGUUUGCCAUGCAGCUCGGGUUCGCGAUGUUAUGUGCGGGCUCGGUCCGGGCCAAGAACACUAUGAAUAUCAUGCUUACGAACGUCCUUGACGCGGCUGCAGGCUCGCUUUCGUACUAUCUCUUUGGGUUUGCUCUUGCUUUUGGGGCGCCCUCUAAUGGUUUUGUAGGGCGUCAUUUCUUUGGUCUUAGACACAUCCCUGAGUCUUCGGACUCGGGGACGUUUGACUAUAGUUUUUUCUUGUACCAAUGGUCCUUUGCAAUCGCGGCCGCUGGUAUUACCAGCGGCUCGAUUGCAGAGCGGACCCAGUUCGUGGCGUAUCUUAUUUACUCCACGUUUCUGACCGGGUUUGUUUACCCGAUUGUUUCUCAUUGGUUUUGGUCAGUAGACGGGUGGGCUAGCGCGACCAAUGUUAAUAAUUUAUUAUUCGGGUCAGGAGUGAUUGAUUUUGCUGGGUCGGGUGUGGUCCACAUGGUUGGUGGGGUAGCGGGUCUAUGGGGGGCUUUUAUCGAGGGCCCGAGAAUAGGCCGGUUUGACCGAUCGGGCCGGUCCGUUGUUCUAAGGGGUCAUAGUGCUUCGUUGGUGGUACUAGGGACAUUCUUGCUUUGGUUUGGUUGGUAUGGUUUUAACCCAGGUUCGUUUUUGACAAUUUUGAAGCCAUAUGGGUCCCCUGGAGGGUAUUAUGGUCAAUGGAGUGGUGUAGGAAGGACAGCUGUCACUACAACAUUGGCUGGAUCAACUGCGGCGUUGACUACCUUAUUUAGCAAGAGGUUGUUGGCGGGUCAUUGGAAUGUGAUCGAUGUAUGCAAUGGGCUUUUGGGUGGGUUUGCAGCUAUAACUUCUGGAUGUUCUGUUGUUGAGCCAUGGGCUGCUAUUGUUUGUGGGUUUGUAGCUGCUUGGGUCUUGAUUGGGCUAAACAAGUUGGCUGAGAAGGUCAAGUAUGAUGACCCACUUGAGGCAGCCCAAUUACACGCCGGAUGUGGCGCGUGGGGUCUACUCUUUACCGGACUAUUCGCAAGCAAGCGGUAUAUCGGGGAGAUCUAUGGGUUGGAUCGGCCCUACGGACUAUUCAUGGGUGGAGGAGGAAGACUACUCGCGGCCCAAGUGAUCCAAAUCCUCGUUGUAUUCGGGUGGGUCAGUGUCACAAUGGCUCCUCUCUUCUUAAUCUUAAAGAAACUUAAAUUAUUAAGGAUCUCAAGUGAAGAUGAAACUGCGGGUAUGGAUAUGACCCGACAUGGCGGGUUCGCCUACGCGUACCAUGACGAAGAUGAUUUCUCGCAAAGACCCUCUAUCAUGAUGAGAAGAGUGGAGCCUGCUAGUAACACACCUAGUCCUCAUCCGUACAACGGUGGCACACAUGUAUGAUUUUGUGCAUAAAUUCACAAUUCAUAAUGUUGAAUUGUUAUUCAACUUUGCCAAUUUUUUGCUUCCAUGAUCAAUAUGAUUUCUAACAAUAGUACUCUUAUCAAUCUUAUGUGUAAUGUGUACAUUGACUUUAAAGUAAAAGACUAUCUAUUUUAAGGAUUCUCUUAUAUAAAUUCUAGAUUGUUACCAUUUAA